CAAAAACAUCUGAAUGCAUACAAAUCCGCCGCCUUAGCACAUCGAUAGGCAACCCUCAUAGCGCGUUACUUUGACAUCUGUCAAAAUUCGCACCUGUCAGGCAAAGCUCUUGUCAUGAACAUCAAUAAAUUUUAAUACAAACACAGCGUUUUCGACGAAGCAAAUGUGAAUUUUAACGACUAUCGUUUUUUGUGUAUAUCCUGUCGAAAUUAUCUCUGCGAGCGUUUAUCAGCGGAUGCAGUGCAAUUGAAAUGGCCAGGAAGCGGGUAAUAUGUUUUUUUGUGGUGUUUUCGUUGAUUUCUGGGGGUUAUUCGUACCCCCAGGGCGAUGGGUUAAUGGGGUUUUGCCCCAGGUUGUAUAAGAAGUCGUUUAAAGGUUAUGUGCCACAGGGAAAUUUAUCAGCAGGUAUUUUUGACCAAACAGAAAUCACAAAUUUAAAAGAAUGCGUCCUAAAAUGCUGCCUGAAGGAUAAAUGCAACGUUGCCUUCAUGAGCGAGGAUAAAUGCUACCACAUAUCCUGCUACACCAACGAAAUGUGCGCGCCCAUACCGAGUCAGAAACCGAAUUCGGUCGAUCGGUUUACCAUGGUGCUCGUGAAACCGACCGACGACGAUACGUGGGGCGAUGUUUUGAAUCCAAAAGAUAUCUCCAAAGAACAGUACGACUUUAAUCCUUUCGAGGUCUACAAAGAUCUAGCAAUGGACGAGACGUUCCGUUACGGCAGUCUAGCUUGCGAACUGGGCGAUUCUUUGUGUUCCGGACCGCACGAACUUUGCGUGCCUAACCGGGCCAAUUCCAGGGCCGGAACUUGUCGUUGCAUCGAGGGCUACAUCAGGAACCCAGACGGGGACUGUCUAAUAGCUAUCAACGACGUAGCUGCGGUCAAAUCUCUUCUUGCCGAUAAAAUAAUGAAUGACAUCGGCGAAACCACAAUUUCCGCUCUAAACACUUCCAAACCGGUCACGAGGCGCCAUCUAGCGGUGAUGGCGGAAUCGAAGGAGGUUCGAUUGCCACGCAACGAGGUGACGUUGAUGGCGAAAGUGGAGGAACCCUCGAGCAAUCCCGAGGAAGACAAGUACCAGUUCACGUGGACUUCGCUGCACCAGCCAGAUGGCAGCACCGCCGUGAAAAACCAGAACGGCGGCGAGCUCCACUUGGAGAAGCUCGUCGAGGGCGUUUACGAGUUUAAAGUUAGCGCGGUGACCGUUUCGGCGUACGGCGAGACGUUCGUGAACGUUACAGUGUUGCCGGCUUCUAGGAUUAAUAAACCGCCCGUUAUCGUGAUCACGCCCGCCAACCAAACCAUAAAGCAACCGAACUCGGCCGCUGUAAUGGACGCUUCUUCUUCGACCGACGACGACGGAAUCGUUUCCUGGCAUUGGGAGCUUCAGCAGGGUCCAGUUGGUUAUCAACCCCAGUUAAAGGAAACGUCGACGCUACAACUAAACGAUUUGAAUAAACCGGGGAACUACAGCUUUAAAUUGACGGUUACCGAUACCGAUAAGGCUAGUAGUUCCAGCGUUGCCAAUGUAACGGUGCUGAAAUUCACCGAUUAUCCGCCCGAGGCUAACGCAGGCGAAGACAAAAUAAUUUACCUACCUCGCAACUCCAUAAUUCUAAACGGCAACAUGAGCACCGACGAUCACAACAUAACCAUAUGGGAGUGGACGAAAUCUGCAGGCGACGAGCAAAAAGCUGUCGAUAUGCAGGACACGCACACUCCCUACUUGAAGCUGAGCAAUUUGGAGGAGGGGAUGUACACUUUUACGCUCAAAGUUACCGACAGCAAUAACAAGAGCAGCACUGCGCAGGUUCAUGUGUUCGUGAAGCCGCCCACCAACAAGCCGCCCGUCGCGAACGCGGGCGGCAACCGCACGAUCAGCUUGCCGCAAACUUGGGUGGUCGUCGACGCGAAGAACAGCAGCGACGACAACAAGAUCACCGCCUUCAGGUGGGAGCAGAUCGAAGGUCCGUCGACGGUCGUCUUCGAAAACGCCAACGCCAGCAAGACCAACGUUACCGGGUUGACGAAGGGGGUGUACAACUUCAAGGUCAGCGUCACCGACGACAACAACAACGUCGCCAGCGACGCGCUGUACGUUAUAGUGAACCAAAAUAUCAACCAAAAACCGACGUCGAACGCCGGCCCGGACUUCUCUAUCGAUUUACCCAGAAACGUAAUUAUGAUCAACGGCUCUAACUCGAAGGACGACUGGGCGAUCACCAGGUGGCAGUGGACUCGCGACGCGAAAUCCCUGGCCGUCGGCAACGUCGCGGAAAAGUCCGACGCUUCUUCGAUACUGAUCUUGACCGACGUCGUGGUCGGCAAGUACGUCUUCAACCUGACCGUCUACGACGAGCAAGGCCUCAGCGAUUCCGAUUCUGUGACGGUGACAGUCAACGACGACCCCAAAACCUACUACCUCGUCGAUUUAACGGUGGACGUCGAAGUCAACUCGCUAACGGAAGAGCAAUUCAACACCCUAAAGGGGAAGUUGGCGUUGUUGAUAGUAGACGGCACCAAGUUGCAGGUUAGAAGCGUCAAACCGCACCCGGGAUCCGUUAAAUCCACGAUAACCUUCUACGUAGAGGGCGUUGACGGCAAUCCAGUCUCGGCCAAUGGCGUUGUAGCUCACCUGCGGCAAAAGUUGGCCUUGGAUGCCGGCAUCUUGGGUUACGGCGUUGCCAAGUUGCAGACGGUCGUAUGUCAAAACAACUGCUCCGGUCAUGGGAUAUGCAACGAAGUUACGCGCAUGUGCGAGUGCGAAACCUUCUGGAUGAGAAACUUGUUUAAAGUUUACCUAAACAGUACAGACGACUCAGAUUGCAGUUGGAGUUUGUUGUAUGUGGUAUUGGGCGCUCUAUGUACAGUGGUGCUAUUUGUUGGCUCCACGUGGGGCCUCAUUUAUUUGUGCUACACUUGGUGCAACAAAAGGGGGGGCGACAGAAAAUCCGCCAACUACAAUCUCAUCGAAAACACCGACGAUUUACCCCCCUUUUCAUCCCGAAAACAUGGAAGUCUGUCCGACAGCGAUACAGAUUCCGACGUGGUAUUCGAAUCGAGGUCGAAACCGUCAAGGAAAUCGGUUCGCAAUGGUCUAACAAAACACAUACGUAGAGGGCUGAAAACAUAAGAAAAAAAGAUGCACAAAAUUACACAAAAAAACUAUAUAUACGUCCACCUUCCCAAGGGUGCCUCAUGAUUAAUUUUAGGAUGUUGCCAAAUCUUUUUUGGGUGUUUUUUCUGUAUAUAUUCAGGUAUCAGGUGGUCAGUUUAGGUGUAAAACAACCGUUAUUUAUUUUAAUUAUGCUUCUGUGUACCAUGUAAUUUUCACCAUUUUUUAAAGUGCUAUAACUUGUUACAUACCCGGCCGAUUUUUAAUAUUUUUUGGCCUUAUACUUCUAGUUUACAUUUUUUUGUUCACAAUUUAUAUACAAGGUGUACAAAAUAAUAUACAGAGAAAAUGAUUUUUUCGCAUUGAUUUACCAUUUUCUCUGUAUAUUAUUUUGUACACCUUGUAUAUAAAUUUUGAACGAAAAAACGUAAACGAAGUAUACGGCUUUUGUGCCAAAAAAUAUUUAAAAUCAACCCAGUAAAUAAGGAGAUAUAUCGCCUUUAAAAAGGGCGGAAUUUUAUUAUUCGACAAUAGAAAAUUUGUCUCGUGAAUCUUUUUAUAUAUUUGAUUGUUUAAUGUAAUUAUAAGGAAAAUACUAUUUUCUUAAAGUAAUAGUAUUAGCCAAAUAAUAAUAGUAUAUAAAUAUAGUAUUGUGAUCAUUAUUAUUAAUCUAUUUUAAUGGGACUUGAAACUAGUCAAAAUUGGUUUGUUAAAAUGGAUUUAUUAUUAUCACUUGUAAAGUGUCAUUUAAUUUGUGAUGUAAUUUUAAGCACAUUUUUAAUGUACCCAUCCUUUACUUUAGUACUUAAUAAAUAAAUAAAUGAACAUGUAUAACUCAUGAUUUUAUUCACAUCACAAUAAAUAAUACAAUAAAUAACACACACUUCACAUUCACACAUUAAUGGUGCUAAUACAAAAAUUUAGCCCGAAUAUUUGGUAUAAAACGUAACUAUUUAUAUCCCCAGUCAGAUUCGUCAAAAUAUGGCACAUCGGUAAUGUUUUCGUCUGUAUUCCAGAUUCAUGUUGUCCACAACAUGUUUUACAAUCAUGAUGAAAAUGAUGCAGCCAAAGCACAAAUUUAAACCGAACUGGAAGAUAAAAUUCGUGGUUUCGUCGAUGAUUUUUUUGUGUAGUUUGACGCUG